AUGCCACGGUGGGGCAAGCGUGGCCCCGACCUAUGUGCAGAGGUGCAGCCAACACCUACGCCGGAGCCGUUGGACCUUGCAGCUUCUAAAGUGGGCUACGCCGUGCGGCCCGCAGCUUGCAACCAAGGGCCCCUUUCUCCCGGUUGCACCAUCGCCGAUAGCUCUGGCAAGCUGGGGCAGAUUGAAUUCGUGCCACGCGGAUCCUCGGAAGAGGUGCUAGUGCAAUACAGCCAGGACCCGCAAGACCUGGCAGCAUUGCGCUGGACCGGCCGCCAUCAGCUGCGAGUGGUGGACGCUACUACCAGGCGGUCGACGGAGCGCGCAGAUGUGCGCGCCUACCGUGAGGCCCUUCGGGCCAUUCGCCUGCGAAGCGCCGGACGGCCCGUAGAGGAGAUCGCUGAGGAGUUGGGACGCCCGGCAUCCUGGGUCCGUCAGAGGAUGGAUCAGAGCCCGGCUACGCUGCAAAAGCCAAAGGGCAUGGAAUGGUGGGACGCCGAGGGGUUCUGCGACGUGACCUACCUCCGCGGCUAUGCCCGCCAACCCGGUCUCUACGAGGAGAUCGUUGCAACGGUCGAUUGGGAGCAAGACAAGGUCUGGCGUGUCCGGAAGCAAGAAGGCAACGCGAACUGGCACCUCAGAACCGUGAAGGAAUGUCCCGGAUCGGGACGCGGUUUCUGUGGACGGAGCCUUGAGAAGGUGCCCGAUGACACGCACCAGAUUGGGCCGAAAGACGUGCACCAUGCAGCCAAGACGCGCCCGCAUGGGAAUUGGCAGUGCAGCAUGGCCAGGGAAGACUGCCAGAAGCCGCACUUGGCUUCUCCGCUUCAGGAGCCCUAUUGGUGGUGUUCGAAGUGCAGCUGGUACUGCUGUGACGCCUGCGUGCAGCGCAUGCCGGACAAGGCCACGUCAAAACAAGUGGCGCAGUGGAGGCCAGGUGCCUCCCCUCAGUUGGAUGCCUUGGUUGCAGACGUGGUGAAAGAUUUCAACCUGCCGGAUCCCUUCCAGGCAGGGUAUACGAUCAAGAUGAACUGGUAUCCCGACGCACUGUCUCGAGUUUCUCCACAUCGGCACGACAACUGGACCUUGCUCAUCUCUUUGGGCGCCCCGCGAGUUCUCUCAGUGGACCGGGCUCAAGUGCUCAUGGAGGAUGGAGACCUUAUCCUCUUCGGCACGCAAAGCCAUGGGGUGCCAGAGAUGCCCAGCGCAGCCGGCGGCCGCCUGAGCCUUGUUUUUAUGUUCGCCCCGGACCAGGCCGUGGGCAGUGCAGCCGAGACCCGCGCACGUGCGGGCGGGGCCGCAGCGAGCCGUGCUGGUGCAGCUCCAGCCGGGCUGCCCAAGCCACGGUGCGCUUUGAGAGCGGAGGAGCUGCAGCUGGCUGCCUUCUCGGCGGGUUGGCAGGAUGGUUAUGACGAUUGGGCCGACGGAUCAGAGGGUGCGGCCUUGCAGGCUUUGUGCGCCAUGGGCUUCUCCGAGGAGCAGGCACGAGCUUCUCUGCUCGCAACUGACGGCGACACUGAACAGGCUGUGUCCCUGCUUCUUUCCAGUGCAUGA